GCUCCGCAGCUCCGAGCUCCCGCCCGCCCUGGACACCUGCGUCACCAUGUGGGUCCCGGUCCUGUGCCUGGUGCUGGCCCUCGAGGGGUCUGGUGCGGCGCCCCACAUCCAGUCUCGGGUCAUCGGGGGCCGGGAGUGUGCCAGGCAUUCCCAGCCCUGGCAGGUGGCCCUGUACCAUUACAGCAACUUUGAGUGUGGGGGAGUCCUGGUGCACCCCCGGUGGGUGCUCACGGCCGCCCACUGCAUGAGUGGCUUCUUCCAGGUCUGGCUGGGGCGCCACAACCUCCUUGAGGAUGAAGACGAGGCCCAGUUCGUUCCUGUCACACACAGCUUCCCACACCCCCAGUUCAACCUGAGCCUUCUAAAUAAAACCUCCGUCACCCCGGGCGAGGACUACAGCCACGACAUCAUGCUGCUGCGCCUGGCCCAGCCCGCCGAGAUCACGGAGGCCGUGCGGGUGCUGGACCUGCCCAGAGAGGCGCCGCGCGUGGGCAGCAGCUGCCGGGCGUCCGGCUGGGGCAGCGUCAACCCCUCUAACUUGUCCUACCCACAGAACCUCCAGUGUGUGGACCUCACGCUGCUGCCCAAUGAGAACUGCCAGAAGGCCCACCUCCAGAAGGUGACCGGCACCAUGCUGUGCGCCGGGGAGCUGGCCGGCGGCAAGGACACGUGCGUGGGCGACUCCGGGGGCCCUCUGAUCUGUGACGGUGAGCUUCAAGGAAUCACGUCCUGGGGCCACUUCCCGUGCGGGAAACGCCUGAAACCCAGCAUCUACACCAAGGUGGUGGAUUACCUGCCGUGGAUCAAGGAGACCAUGGCGGCCUACCCCUGAGGUUUCCCCCCCCCCCCCCCCCCCGCCUCUGUACCCGCCCAGCGAAAUAAAAUAGCUUCAA